AGCUAAAAGGCCAUUCAUGAGGUUCGGCAUUCCUGCAGAACGGAGGAGACGGAGGAGACACGCACGCGCACACACACACGCGCGCGAACACACUCGUUCAGAGAUGACACACUGACACGCAGCGCUGCUCUGAGGCUUCUUCUCCUUCUUCUUUACUUAGAGUCUGGAGCAGCUUUAACACACUGCAUCUCUCCUGAAGGACGCUCACACCCUUCACACACAGCGUUGGAUCCGUCGGCGUACUGCGAUCCUCCUCCGGUGUUCGGCCCGGACCUCUGCCCCAACAUGAUCGCUGCUCAGGCGAAGCUGGUCUACCAGCUCAACAAAUACUACAACGAGCGGUGCCAAUCACGCAAGGCGGCCAUCGCCAAGACCAUCCGCGAGGUGUGUAAGGUCGUUUCGGACGUCCUGAAGGAGGUGGAGGUACAGGAGCCGCGAUUCAUCAGCUCUCUGAGCGAGAUCGACGCUCGCUACGAGGGCCUCGAGGUAAUCUCGCCUCAUGAGUUUGAGGUCGUGCUCUACCUCAACCAGAUGGGCGUCUUUAAUUUUGUGGACGAUGGCUCGUUGCCAGGCUGCGCCGUCCUGAAGCUCAGCGAUGGGAGAAAGCGAAGCAUGUCUCUCUGGGUCGAGUUUAUAACCGCCUCGGGGUAUCUGUCAGCGCGAAAGAUCCGAUCGAGAUUUCAGACUCUGGUGGCGCAGGCGGUGGACAAGUGCAGCUACCGUGACUCCGUAAAGAUGGUGGCCGAUACAAGCGAGGUGAAGCUGCGGAUACGGGAGCGUUACGUAGUGCAGAUCACUCCGGCCUUUAAGUGCACCGGAAUCUGGCCCCGAAGUGCUGCUCAGUGGCCUCCUCCACACAUCCCUUGGCCCGGACCGAACCGGGUCGCCGAGGUCAAAGCUGAAGGAUUUAAUCUGCUCUCGAAAGAAUGUUACACGUUAGCGGGAAAGCAAAGCUCGGCCGAGAGUGACGCCUGGGUCCUGCAGUUUGCAGAGGCAGAAAACCGGCUGCUGAUGUCCGGCUGCAGGAAGAAGUGUCUGUCGGUUUUAAAAACGCUCCGUGACAGGCACUUGGAGCUGCCAGGACAGCCGCUCAAUGGCUACCACAUGAAGACGCUGCUGCUGUACGAGUGCGAGAAGCACCCGCGCGAGAGCGACUGGGACGAGGCAAGCCUCGGAGAUCGCAUCAACGGCGUCCUGCUGCAGCUCGUCUCCUGUCUACAAUGCCGCCGGUGUCCUCACUACUUCCUCCCCAACCUUGAUUUAUUUCAAGGCAAAGCGACGUCAGCCCUCGAGGCAGCCGCCAAGCAGACCUGGAGGCUCGCGAGGGAGAUCCUGACCAACGCUAAGAGCCUGGACAAACUCUGAACUCUAAAAAUAAAUGAACUCAAUUAACUCGAAACAAAAGACAUGAGAACGGCGAAAAAAAAGAGAGAUCUGUAACCAUGCCUGGAAAAAAUCAACCAACAAACAAGACCUAGAAACUCGCAAGAGAAAUUCUGAGCCGUGACAAAAGCCAGGACCGACUUGAAUAAACAAAAACAUGCAGAGUCACCAAACUCGAACAAUUUACAAAGACACAAACGGGGGAGAAAAUACGGGAGACUCACGAGUCUCAAAUGCAAGAGCCUGAAUAAACUCUGGAAGAAAAAGAAAAAACAAGGUCGGACAAAUCUGCAGCAACCUGGAAAAACUUUAGAAAACCAAGUAAAGCCAAGAGCGAAGAGACUUUCAGGAAGAAAUCCUGGACGAAACAAAUCCACAGUAAAUAAAACUGAAAUCUAAUGAUGAGGCAUGAUGAAGAUCACUAAAGUUUCACCAAGACUUUUCCCCCCAUCAGGACAUUUUACAGCAGCGAAAAGAAAUAAUAAACUUCACGUUUCAUUUUAACGUCAUGACCUUUUUAACGUCGAGUCGACGGCUUGGAAAAAAGUGUAAAAUAAAAACGAUAAUAAUAAUAUUUAAAAAAAAAUAAAAAUAAAAAAAUCAAUGAAGAUUUGAAAAGAGAACCUCAGCAGACAUACGAACACUCCAGACUUUUAUUUUCACUGAAAGUGGACUUAAAGGAGUCGAACCAUGAGAAAGGUUUCAGCCGAGACGCAAACGGGACAUUAUGAGAGGAGAAAAAAAUAAGAGUGAAGGUACAAAUUUUAACGUCAUAACGUCUGCUUAAAAUCUUUUCUUUUUUCACAAAGUGAAAUUGUUUUUAUUUAAUUAACCUGCACAAUAUCUUUCAUUGCUUUAAUGUUUUUUUUAAUGUAGCGUGCCAAGUUUUUCAUUCUAUGUGUCUAAAAAUGAAAUGUUAAUAAAAAUGAUAUUAAAACUUA